AUGGAAACUGAAAAUCAUAGCCAGAGAAGAUCAGCUUUGCCUCCUAAUCAAGAUCCUGCAAGCAUCUUCUACAUUCAUCCAUCUGAUGCAAAUUCAGUGCAGCUGAUUUCAUUCAAGUUCAAUGGUGAAGGCUACACAAGCUGGAAGAGGUCUAUGCUGUUGGCCUUGUCUGCAAAGAACAAAAUAGGUUUUGUUGAUGGCAGCAUUGAGAAGCCAGAUCCUGGAACACUUGAAUGCAAGGCUUGGGAUAGGUGCAAUGAUUUGGUUUGUUCUCUUAUUCUGUGUAAUCUUGAUGAAAUCAUUUCUAAGAGUGUGAUGUUCCUUAAAUCUGCAAGAGCUAUUUGGAUUGAUUUGGAAGAGAGAUUUGUCUUUGCUUCAAUGGCACAAAUCUACUCACUAGAACAGAAAUUGUCUGAAAUCAGUCAAGGAAACAAGACUGUUUCUGAGUUUUUCACUGAAAUUAAGUCAAUAUGGGAUGCAAUUGAGGAAGCACAUCCUAUGCCAUAUUUCACUUGCAACAACUGUACUUGUAAUGUGACUAAAAAAUUCUUUCAGAGACAGCAAGAAAAAAUGGUGAUGCAGUUCAUGAUGAAGUUGACUGAUCAGUAUGCAACAAUAAGAGGCAAUGUUUUGAUGGUGCCAGAAUUACCAAAGGUUUCAGAAGCUUACAGGCUCUUUGCACAGGAAGAAAGACGUCAAGAAGUUUCUCAUACAAACAACUCUUCAAAACCAGUUGCUUUUGCUGCUGAGAAAAGAAGGUUUGGGGGAGACAAUUGGAAUAAUAGAAACAAAUCACAGGCAACUGGUUAUCAAAGAACAAGUGCUAAUAAUAAGCAAGGGAGGACAGGUGCAAAUUACUUAUGUACCAAUUGUCAAAUUCCAGGGCACAGUAUUGAGAGAUGCUUCAAGAUAAUUGGAUAUCCACCAGGUUUUCAGUAUAGAGAACACAGAACUGCUGCAUUAUCUCAUGAUAAUCAUUCUGAUGUUGAACCACCACCAUUGCCAAAACCAGAAGCCACUCCAACAAUCACAGUUGAUCAGUAUCAGCAAUUGAUGAGCUUAUUACUAAACAACAACAGAAUGCAGGAGCUGGAACUGUCAAUCAAACCAACAAUCUAG